UCUCCCUAUAUAAACCUUUCCUCUGUUUCUCCCUUCAAUCAAUUCGCCCACUACCAAACCAAGUCUCUCUCCAUCCCAUACAUACAUACUAUUCUCUCAAGAGAGUCAGUGGCUCACUAGAGGGAGAGAAAGACGAUGGCCGGAAUCGUGGUGGUAUUCGACUUCGACAAGACGAUCAUCGACUGCGACAGUGAUAACUGGGUCAUGGACGAGCUGGGGUUCACCGACCUGUUCAAUGAGCUCCUCUCCACAAUGCCCUGGAACACCCUCAUGGAUAAGAUGAUGGGAGAGAUUCAUUCCAAGGCAAGAACCAUCGAGGACAUCGUGGAGGUUCUGAAGCACACUCCCAUUCAUCCUCGUGUCGUCCCGGCCAUUAAAACUGCCCAUGCUUUAGGGUGCGAUCUGAGGAUCGUCAGUGACGCGAACCUCUUCUUCAUCGAGACGAUUCUGGAGCAUCUUGAGAUAAAAGAAUGCUUCUCGGAGAUCAACACCAACCCAGGCUAUGUAGAUGAGGAAGGGAGGCUGAGGAUUACCCCUUGCCAUGACUUUAACAAAUAUCCCUACGGCUGCCCUCUUUGCCCUCCCAACAUGUGCAAGGGAUUGGUGAUCGAGAGAAUACAAGCUUCAGUCAGUAACAAGAAAUUCAUCUACCUUGGGGACGGGAGCGGAGAUUACUGCCCAACCUUGAAACUCGGCAACAGAGACUAUGUGAUGCCGAGGAAGAGUUUCCCCCUGUGGGACUUGAUCUGCAGGGACCCUCUGCUCAUUAAGCCAGAGAUCCAUGAAUGGACCGACGGGGAAGAGCUCGAGCAGACUCUAUUAAAGCUAGUCCAUAGUAUUAUGACCGAAGAAGAGAGCAACAAUAGUUGUUUGGUCUCAGCAGCAGAAGACUGCAAGUUUCAGACUAUCUCUGUGGCUGCCCAUGAAACCUUUCCCCAUGUUCUUCCAGUCCCCCAGUAGGACACGAUCAUUUCCCCAAUUAGUUUAAUGGGAAAUGCUCAUAUUAACAGUUUUUUUUCCCUCGGUAUUUUUUUUCCCUAAUUUGUGUGGUCAGCCCCUGUAGAAUGCUGGAUGGGGAGUAGGAGAAUGUGUGCUUGUGUGACUUUAGUAAUCACUGAUCAGAUGUCAUCUUCAACUAUGAUUAUAGAUAUAUGUCAUCUUCCUCAGCAUUUUCAAACUAUGCCUACCAGUAAUGGCUCUUCUGACUUC